AUGUUUCUACCAGGCCAGCCCUCGAACCAUCUAGUCCGAGAAAUCGGGGGAGACCCCCUGGUGCGGGCGCAGCUUCGGGAAGCAUCCAGCGCGGUGACCUCGGAGUCGCCAGAGGGGUUCAAUGACUUCGAGUUCGACGUACGUGCCUGGAAAAAGUACGUCGCGGAACGCCCGUAUGGUUCCGCUGUUCUGGCUGCCGCAUGGCUGCUGGGAGUUCGUGGCUUACCGGCCGAGCCCGGCCGCGGGGUCGCGGCCUUUGCCGCCAGGGACCUGGCGGCCUCGGAGCUCGUCCUGGAGGAGCGCGCGGGGCGCCUGGGCGCCUUCGAGCCCGCGGGGCACCUGGGGGCGCUGUGCGCCCUCCGGGCCCUGGGCCCGCGGCGGUGCCGCGAGGCCGUGCUCACCAAGACUCGGACCACCGGGGACCCCGCCGCGCUGCCCUCGGAGGGCGACGCGAGGCGGGAGGCGAGGGUCCUGCGCGCGGCGCUCGGCGAGGGCCUCGUGCCGCCGGAGGCCUCCCAGCUGACGCCGGCGGAGAGUACGCGAGGCUGCGGCGGGUCUUCCAGCUCAACGGCUUCCGCUUCAACGGGCCGCUGGAGGAGGGCGACGCCGGGUACGACGUGGGCGAGGUCCUCUUCCACGACAUCAGCCGCUUCAACCACUCGUGCGCGCCGAACCUCAGCUUCGACCUCCGGUGGACGAGCAGCGGGGCACCGUGGUCAACCGCGUGACCGCCACGCGCGCGGUCGUCACGGGCGAGGAGAGUUGCGGAUCUCCUACCUGCCCCGCGAACCGCCGCUGUCGGCGGCGGAGCGCAGGAGGCAGCUCCUGGAGCUCCCGGGGGGGCGCUGA